CACCCAUUGGCAAUGGCAAUGGCAAUGGCCAUUCAGCCAUGAAAUUCUCCGGCGGGCCAUCAAUUUUCCGAUUCUCCUACUACUCUGUCUCUGAUGCUGCCAUUUCCAAUUUCAAGUCUCUCUCCGCGUGCCACGUGGCCGCCCUCUGCCACGCUCUUCGCCAUUUUCGUCUUCCUUUCCCUCUCUUCUCCAAACCCAAUUGACGAAUGAGAAAUUUGUUUUUUCUGAGUCUGAAGACAAAUCGGGCGAAUUGGGCAAUUGGUUUCCCCUCUGGCUUCGAGUUGGAACCCAACUGACGUUCAACUGAUCACAUACCCGAAAUCAGAAAUUCUCGGGUUUGCCGUUUGGAUGGGGUGGAGUAGAAGCAUCCCAUUUGGGAAUUUUCUUUCCGCUUUGCAUUGGUUGGAACUGGAUGUGGAUUGAUUGAUUUCCCUCCUCAAGGUUUUCCCCAUUUUCACUCUCUGGAAUGUUUGUUGAUUGGGUUCUUCUAGUUUUCUGAGAAGAUCUUGUUGAUUUUUUUUUCACUGGGGAUCUGGUUUUAUCUCAUCUUUUCAAGUUGUCCUUGCUAUAUUUGCAUGGCAGUGGAUCAUUGGAUAACUCUGUGAAUUCUUGUUGGGAAACGGUGAUACAUUCUCUAAGUUAUACAGGAUUGUUUAAAGUAUUGAUGUUAUUUAUUCUUCUAUGCUUUUGACGCUGUUGGAGGAAGGAGUUGUUGGGUUUUGUUUUGGUAGAGAAAUUUGUAGGAUUGGUUUUCGUGUUGAACUCUGAGGAGGGAGUAUGGGCUGCAUUUGCUCUAAGGGAGUCCCAGCAAACGACUACGUUGCUGAGAACCAUUCCAAAGAAAGACAUUUGAAGUCGAGUAAAUCUUCCCGAAUUCUUGGGGCUUCAUUGAGGAAAGAAGAGCCCGUGUUGCAUGCUGAUGGAGGCCAAAGCGAUGCAAUGGCACGAUUGAUACCGGAUCAACCUGGGGAAGAGAAUUCUGGAUCGACACCCGAGUUGGAUGAUGUUGAGAAGGCAGCACCCCCCAUUGAAAAAGCUGCCAGUGCCAAGCCACUGCGUCAAGAACGUCCAACUAUGGAGGAUGGAGCAAAGAGAGUAGUGCAUAAUAAUAAUGCAAUACCUAGAAUAGUGAGUGUUGUUAAUGGGGAAAAGGGGGCUUUGGUUAUUGCUGGAUGGCCUUCUUGGCUGACAUCUGUGGCUGGAGAAGCGAUCAAUGGAUGGAUUCCUAGAAAGGCAGACUCUUUUCAGAAGUUGGACAAGAUUGGACAAGGAACAUACAGCAGUGUGUACAGGGCUCGUGAUAUUGAAUCAAACAAGAUUGUUGCAUUGAAGAAGGUACGAUUUGCUAACAUGGAUCCUGAAAGUGUUCGUUUUAUGGCCAGGGAAAUUCUUAUCCUACGUAGGCUUGACCACCCCAAUGUCAUGAAGCUUGAAGGUCUUAUUACUUCAAGGGUAUCCGGCAGUUUGUAUCUCAUAUUUGAGUACAUGGAACAUGAUCUCGCGGGGUUGGCAGCAACCCCAGGGAUCAAGUUCACUGAACCACAGAUAAAAUGCUAUAUGCAACAGCUGCUUUGUGGCCUUGAACAUUGCCAUGCCCAGGGAGUUUUGCACCGUGACAUCAAGGGCUCAAAUCUUCUGAUUGACAAUAAUGGUAAUCUAAAGAUAGGUGAUUUUGGGCUAUCAACCUUUUUCCGUUCCCGACAAAAGCAGCCCCUUACAAGUCGUGUGGUAACUUUGUGGUAUCGGCCACCUGAACUUUUGCUUGGUGCAACGGACUAUGGAGUUUCUGUGGAUUUGUGGAGUGCUGGUUGCAUUCUUGCAGAACUUUAUGCUGGGAAGCCUAUCAUGCCUGGAAGAACAGAGGUGGAGCAACUACACAAGAUCUUCAAACUCUGUGGCUCCCCUUCUGAAGAAUACUGGAAAAAGUCAAAAUUACCUCAUGCCACCAUCUUUAAACCUCAACAUCCUUACAAGCGGUGUGUUGCUGAGACAUUCAAAGACUUCCCUUCCUCUGCAUUGGCCCUUUUGGAUGUCCUUCUUGCAGUGGAACCUGACAGUCGUGGAACAGCUUCAUCUGCCCUUCAGAGUGAGUUCUUUACUACAAAACCGCUCCCCUCCGAUCCCUCUUCUUUGCCAAAGUACCCACCAAGCAAGGAGUUUGAUGCCAAGCUUCGAGAUGAGGAAACCCGGAGAAGAAGAGCUCCUAUCAGUAUAGCACGCGAACAUGAAGCAACUCAAAAGUUUCCGAGAGAAUCUAAGGCAGUUCCUGCUCCAGAUGCAAAUGCUGAAUUGCAGGCAUCCAUACAGAAGAAACAAGGGCAGCAGAAUCCUACAAGUAUCAGUGAAAAGUAUAAUCCUGAAGAGGAUGGUGACUCUGGCUUUCGCAUUGAGCCUCCCAAAGAAGGAACACAAACUCAACCGACUACUUUGGGGUUUUCACGAAACAUGAAUGGGAAUGUGUGUGCUGCUCUAAGUGGUUCUUCUGUCAGGGCAAAAGGUGCAGAACUUAGAAAACAGAGAUCUUAUUUGCAUCAUGGUGCUGCACAGCUAUCCCGGUAUUCCAAUUCCGUUGCAGUUCGAGGUGGUUCACGAUACGGUUGUGGUGGAGAAAGCAGUGCUAAUUCACACUGGCCAGGAGAGUGUUUUAAUGCGUCGUAUAACCAUUUCAAUGGUGGUGAAUCUUCAGAAAAGCAUGAAUGGUCCCACCAUUUGCUAGACAGGCCAAAGUCUUCAUAUAAGAUAGAUGAACAGUCAUCUGGAAAAGAGUCUGCUAUGAGUUUCGCUCCAAAGAAGAGAAUUCACUAUUCUGGACCCUUGAUGCCUCCUGGUGGAAACCUUGAGGAAAUGCUGAAAGAGCAUGAAAAACAAAUCCAGCAUGCCGUGCGCAAGGCUCGAUUAGAUAAAGCUAAGACAAAAAAGGCAUAUGAUGACAAAGGACAAACUGAAUCGUUGCUUCACCAUGCGAGAAAUGGCAAUUGAACCAUACACUGUCACGAGUUCCAUCCAAGCGGGAUGGGGAGGCUCUUGUAGAGCAGCAUCCUUCACAUAUUGGUUAGCUUCCAUUGGGGGCUUGGACAAAUCCUUAAAAGCUAUGAAGCUUGCAAGUUUCGAGGUACGUUCGCAUAUUUCAACUGCCAACCAUACUUCAGAGUUCAGAGGUUAAUACAUUUCAGGAGAAAAGACAAUUAAAUCAAUUGACUAAGAUUUACUUUUUGAGAAGUUGGUUUCAGUUCCAGAUAUUGGUUGAGGUCUCUUUGGCACUGCUGCAGUUGCUGAAGGAAUUCUUUGUACAGUCUAACAUGUGUUUCUAAUCAGUUGUACGUCUUGUAAAGGGUAUAAUAGACAUUCUUCCAAAUUGAAGAUUUUUUCUCCAUAGGCUUAAAUUUGCAAGAAAGUGUCUUGCAUCUGAUACAUCUCUUUUUAUUUUUCAUUUUUCUUUCUAUUUUUUAAAACUCUUUUGUCAAAUACAACCACCACAACAGAGGUGCUGAAAAAGGUUAGGAAACAACUUGUUCUUGAUUCGUCUGCUCUUAAUUAUGUAACAUUUGGCUAAAUAUUUGGUUGGAGAACUGCAGCAAAUAUGGAUGACUGAUUGCAGAAUAAAAUAUUUUUAUCUGUAAUUCUUCAUGAA